AUGCUUACCACCGCGUGUAUCCCGACGACUAUUGCCUCCAACGUUGUCAUGACGCGCUCGGCGGGUGGUGACGAGACUGCCGCCGUUGUCGAGGUCGUCCUGGGCAAUGUCGUUGGCUCUUUCCUAUCGCCAAUUCUAAUUUAUGGAUUCAUGCCCCGAGGAGAGGAAUUCGCCUCUUGGGCACCAGCGAACCCUGCGUCUUUGGGGCGCAUGUAUGCCGACGUGGCGAAGCAACUGUGUUUGAGUGUGGUGUUGCCGCUGGUAGUUGGACAGGUGGUCCGGUGGUGGAAGGAGGAUGGAACAAAGAAGGCGUUGGAUGUCUUGAAGCUGGGCAAGAUUUCAGGACUUUGUCUCAUAUUAUUGGUCUGGACGACAUUCUCGGGAGCUUUCCAAACCGGCGCUUUAUUUAAAAUAUCCAAGCCAUCCCUUCUAUUCAACAUAUUUAUGAAUAUAGCGCUUUACCUCAUCUACACGGCGAUAUGCUUCUUCUCCGCGCGGCCGCCUGCUUUCUUGGCGGACUGGAUAAACCCGCUGCUUGCGGAGUCUAAAGUUGCAGGACGACUGCCGCGCAUGCUUCGUCGCGCUCUUGCGAUUCGCAGAAUGCCGCGGGAGCAGAUGAUUGCGGUGUGUUUCUGUGGCGCGGCCAAGACGACGAGCUUGGGCAUUCCAUUGGUGACGGCGAUGUGGAAUGCCUCGGAUGACUUGACGAGGGCCUUUAUUCAGAUCCCUGUUUUGCUGUAUACGAUAGAGCAGGUUUUCAUGGCGCAGAUUCUUGUUUAUGUUUUCAAGUGGUAUAUGAGGCGGAAGGCGAAGGGAGAGAGUCAGAGUAGCGAUGUAAAUAAUUAUCAUUUUGCAAAAACGCGACAAUUGACCCGACCCUGCAACGAUGGCUUCCGGUUACGACAGAGCUCUAUCUGUCCGGACGGACACGUGUUCCAGGUCGAAUAUGCCGGUGAAGCUGUCAAGCGAGGAACUUGUGCUGUUGGCGUCAAAGGAAAGGAUGUGGUUGUCCUUGGAUGCGAGAAGCGAUCAGCUAUGAAGCUGCAAGAUACUCGGAUUACCCCUUCCAAGAUCCAGCUCUUGGACACCCACACUGCCCUGGCCUUUGCUGGCCUGAAUGCCGAUGCCCGAAUCCUCGUUGACAAGGCUCGGUUAGAGGCCCAGUCCCACCGUCUGUCUGUGGAGGACCCCGUCACCAUCGACUACAUUACCAAGUAUGUGGCGGGUGUGCAGCAGCGAUACACUCAGGCUGGUGGUGUGCGGCCAUUCGGCAUCAGCACACUCGUUGUUGGUUUUGACCCUGGCAGCAAGGUCCCCAGAUUGUAUCAGACUGAGCCAUCUGGUAUUUACUCAGCAUGGAAGGCGAAUGCCAUCGGCCGAUCGAGCAAGACGGUUCGUGAGUUUCUCGAACGCAACUACAAAGAUGAUAUGGACCGAGAGGCUACUAUUCGGUUGGCGAUAAAAUCUCUCCUUGAGGUGGUGCAGACUGGCGCAAAGAACAUUGAAAUUGCUCUCAUGGCUCCUGGCGCUACCAUGGAGAUCUUGCCGACCGACGAGAUCGAGGGCUACGUGAAGGAGAUUGAGCAGGAGAAGCAAGAAGAGGCUGCUAAGAAGAAGACCGGACGGACACCUGGAACAGGCAGUGCCGCGAUUCUUACAAGAGGACAGGACGAUUCUGCUGCUGAAUAA